UCGUUCUCAAGGUAAGCCCAUAAGGCUGUAAUACCCAACACAACCCUCGCAACCCUCAAAUCCCUUUUGCCCCUCAUUCCCUCUAUUUCUCCAGCCUCCUUCCAUUCCCUUCCUUGCCCUUACUCCUCUUUUCCGAUUUUCCCCUUUCUCUCCUUCUCUCUCAGCCUACCCCUUUUACCCGCCAUAUUCAAAUAUUUCUCAGACCCUUUUCUUGGAUUUCAAUUUGGAACCCUAUUUCGAUCCUUUUUUUUCUCAUUUGGAUCAAUUUUGGUGAAAUCUGAGAUGGGUUCUGAUGGGUUUUGUGUUUUCUUGGUGUUUUGAUUGAAAAAGCUGGAAUCUUUGAGUUUUAGUUCACUUGGGUUUUAGGGCUGCUCGACAAAGUCUCGAUCUUGAUUUCAAAGAGCUAGUCUUUUGACUUUUGGCUCUCUCUUAAUUGAUGGGAUUUGUACAGCUCAAUUAUAUUGAGCCUUGUUGGUUUUAAUUCAUUCUUGUAGCUGAAAGGAGCUGCUAUUUCACGGAGUUUGAUCAGUGCUUUGGACUAAUAUAGUGCUGGGAGCAGCAGGCCUUGGUGAAAUCAGCUGAAGUAAAAAUUAGUGAUAUUUGUUAGUCGUGAGUUGAUACUUCAUCAAGUGAGAGAAGAGUUUAUCUUUUCUUGGUACAUUUGCAAAGAUUGGUGUCCCCAUAUUUCUCAGAUUGGUAGAACAGGUGACAGAACAGCCUAUUGAUUGAAGUGUAGGUACUUUUGCAAAGAUAAAUGGCGAACCAUGAGUUGAUCCUUGGCCAAAAUCACAAUUUAGGUGUUGGUGAUCAGAACCAGCAAAUAGUGUUUGACCAUUCUCAUGAUAUGGGUAUAAGCCAGAACCAUGGAUUGGAACUAGCAGAGAACCAUAACGAUGAGCACGAGAUGGGUAUAGGGCAGAGCCAAGAUCAUGACGGGAACCACGAGCAUGAGUAUGAGAACGAGAAUGGUUUACCAAUGGAGCGGAAGCCUGAGCAUGAAAACCAGGAGUUGCCUGAUGAAAACAAUGAGUUAGAUAUUUCUGAACAAGAUGAGUUAGGCAUCGAGGAAAACCAAGAGCUUGGUGAUAACAUGGAAUUAGCUGUGGUUGAGAGCCAUGAUAUGGGAGUUGAACAACCUGAACAUGUAUUUGAAGUCCAUGAUGGCCAGAUGGUUCUUGCUUCGUCAGGCCCUGUCAUUCAGGCCCGAACUAUUUCAGCAACACCUGAUUAUGAGCUACAUGUGGGACAAGAAUUCCCUGAUGUCAAAAGCUGCCGAAGGGCUUUACGUGACACAGCCAUUGCUCUUCACUUCGAGAUUCAGACCAUAAAAUCUGAUAAAACUCGUUUUACUGCUAAGUGUGCCAGUGAGGGCUGCCCUUGGCGCAUUCAUGCUGCCAAACUUCCAGGUGUACCCACAUUCACUAUCAGAACAAUUCAUGACAACCAUACAUGUGGAGGAAUCGCUCAUCUUGGCCACCAGCAAGCCUCAGUUCAGUGGGUGGCCAACUCUGUGGAGCAACGGCUUCGGGAAAACCCAAAUUGCAAGCCAAAAGAGAUCCUUGAAGAAAUUCACCGGACUCAUGGAAUCACCCUGUCGUACAAACAAGCUUGGCGUGGAAAGGAACGAAUAAUGGCUGCUAUGCGCGGUUCCUUUGAAGAAGGUUAUCGCCUUCUUCCUCAGUACUGUGAACAAGUUAAAAGGACCAAUCCAGGGAGUAUAGCAUCAGUUUACGCAAAUCCUGCUGAUAAUUGCUUUCAGCGGCUUUUUAUAUCAUUUCAGGCUUCUAUUUUUGGUUUUCUAAAUGCUUGUCGCCCUCUUCUUGGGCUUGAUCGGACGUUCUUGAAAAGUAAAUAUCUUGGUACUUUACUUUUAGCUACUGGCUUUGAUGGAGAUGGCGGCCUUUUUCCGCUAGCAUUUGGUGUUGUUGAUGAGGAAAAUGAUGAUAACUGGAUGUGGUUUCUCUCUGAACUUCAUACCUUGCUAGAGGUCAAUACUGAAAACAUGCCAAGACUUACCAUAUUGUCUGACAGGCAGAAGGGCAUUGUAGAUGGUGUUGAAGCAAAUUUUCCCACUGCUUUCCAUGGUUUUUGCAUGCGUCAUUUGAGUGAAAGCUUCCGUAAGGAAUUCAACAAUACAAUGCUUGUUAACCUGUUGUGGGAGGCCGCACAUGCUCUUACAGUAAUUGAGUUCGAAGCAAAAAUUCUCGAGAUUGAGGAAAUAUCACAGGAUGCUGCGUAUUGGAUUCGGCGGAUUCCUCCACGAUUGUGGGCCACAGCUUAUUUUGAGGGCACAAGGUUUGGUCAUUUGACUGCUAACAUAGUGGAACAAUUGAAUAAUUGGAUUCUAGAGGCCUCUGGACUUCCAAUAAUUCAGAUGAUGGAAUGCAUCAGGAGGCAGCUUAUGACUUGGUUCAAUGAACGAAGAGAGACCAGUAUGCAGUGGACGUCAAUCCUGGUGCCUACAGCGGAGAUGCGAGUUGCAGAUGCUCUUGAGCGUGCCCGGACUUAUCAGGUUCUUCGUGCUAAUGAAGCUGAGUUUGAAGUGAUAUCUCAUGAGGGUACCAAUAUUGUUGAUAUUCGGAAUCGUUGCUGCCUUUGUCGGGGCUGGCAACUCUAUGGUUUGCCCUGUGCACAUGCUGUGGCAGCACUACUUUCUUGCCGGCAAAAUGUCCACCGGUUUACUGAGAGUUGCUUUACUGUUGCAACGUAUCGGAAGACAUAUUCCCAAACUAUACAUCCUAUUCCAGAUAAAUCAUUAUGGAAGGAGUUGUCAGAGGGAGAUCCAAAUGCUGAGGAGCUUGUUAUAAACCCACCUAAGUCACUUCGUCCUCCUGGCAGGCCAAGGAAGAAGAGAGUUAGAGCAGAAGACCGUGGUAGGGUGAAGCGGGUUGUGCAUUGUAGCCGCUGCAAUCAGACUGGCCACUUCAGAACGACAUGUGCAGCUCCAAUUUGAGUUGUCUCUGCAGACAAUGAAAUCUGUGUGAUACCCUCUUCCCGUGCAGAAUUUAUCUUAUGUUCUGUCAAAGGAUAUUUCUAGUUAGCUUCUCAGUCCAUAGUGAUAACUUUUCAUCUACUAGUCUAGUAAGCUUUUCCUUUUUGGAUUUGUCUUAAUAAUACAUUGCAACAAAGGAUAAGUUUGGUAUUAUAACAAUGAUAACAAGAAAAUUGGUUUUCUUAGGUUGUGGAUGCCACAUGCAAUUUA